UUCGAUUAUCUGCAUCAAGUCUUCGAUUAUGGAAAAUACCGACUAGCACGUACUAUCGAUGUUUCUACACGGAUCAUAGAUCGCUCAUAUAUUAACUCGAAAAUAUAUUUAUCUCUGACGGCGACUUAUGAAGAUUCUGCCCAGCGACCAUUGAAGUUUCCCAACACAUUCUAUAUAAUUGCAUGACUAUAUGCGAAAUCGGACACUAAGUGCAUCAUAAAUGUCUUAACGCUAAAGAUUAGGUCCAUGAGGGUUGCAGGUCGCGACAAAGUUUGGCCGCAUAAAAGAUGUAUAAUCGAUGAGCGAACGAAAAUUAACGAAAAACCUUAUGAUAUUGGAAGAUUUACGGCUGGAUGCAAGCCCAUCGGGGCCUACCAAACUGGCACAUCAAUUUUGGUUUUCUUAUCCGCCACCGGGCGCUGGCGGAGGCUCUUCUAACAGCAAAACAGCGCAAACGGACGAAGAGAAACAGCGCGAUCGUCAGCGUAGCGAACGCGAGGCUAAAAAGGAAGAACAAGACGCUUUAAAUUAUAAAAGAGAGAAAGAAGCACGUGAAGCACGUUUAUUAGAUUUAGAAAUACGUCGACAACAGGAGCGUGAAAAGAAAAAGGAAGAGCAAAAAAUAUUGCAUCAACAACAUCAACAGCAUCAUCAUCAACAACAACAACAACAGCAACAGCAACAGCAACAGCAGCAGCAGCAGCAACAGCAAAGCGAAAAAAGUCCACCAACUACAUCGGGUCAAGCUCAACAACAACAACAACAACAACAACAACAACAGCAACAGCAGCAGCAGCAACUAGACCAACAACAGUAUCAGCAGCAACAGCAACAGCAACAACACGAACAACAACAACAACAAAUUAGCCAACAAGCCCCACAAAUCCAACAAUCGAUUUGUGGCAGCAUUAGUGCUCCCACGCCCAUUAUACCGACACCACCUGAACGCGGUUUACCGCCAGCUUUCCGCAGCCGUUCUAUAGAGCGUGAAAUACUAUACGAACGCAAACGGUAUUCGGCCCCGGAGACAGCCGAAUCUAAGAAAGCGCUAAGCACGACACCAUCACCGCAGGCUAUAGCUGGACCGCCGCCUCCUACACCUUCGGUGGUGGCGGGCCCGCCGGCAACAGCAGCAGCUGCUACAGCUGCUAUAAUACCAAUUUUACCACUGGGAGUUGCCACGCUACGUGAUGACUCCACAGAAUCCGACCAAUCCGUGACCUGUUCACAGGCCCAGCCAGAUGCCUAUCAUCGCAUUAUGUAAGUAAAACAUAUCUUUCUUUACCCUUUAAUUUAAAAACAAACUCUAAAAGUCUUCUGCUUAAAAUCAACUCUUUUUUUUUUUUGGAAAAUUUAAGGUGAAAAGUAAAAAAUGAAACAAAAACGAAAAGGAGCAAAUUGCAGCAUUCUAAUAAAAUAUGCUCUUUCCAAAUUGAAUUUAAAUUAAACAAAAAAAAAAA